ACCAUUUGCCAGAUCCACCACUCAAACAACCAAAGGUUAAAAAGGUCAAGAAAGAACAACCAUGGAUGGUUCAACAAACUUACAAACAAGCGCUAACAGGUCUUUAUGCCGGCAAACACAUUCAACAUGGUAACCAAAUCUCUGAGUUUGGCAACAAAUCACGAUGCACUUGGAAACCGAACGUUCAAAAAGUUAAAUUAUAUUCGGAAGCGCUUAAUGAAAGAAUUCCGAUCAAGAUCACACCUCUUGCACUCAAAAUUAUGGACAGAAAAGGUGGAUUGGAUAAAUAUUUGCUUUCUAUGAGGGACAAAGACUUAG